UAUCACUUUCUUUUUCUUUUAUUCAAGUCUUCUUGUACAAAAUGACUAAUAUGGACAUUUUUUACAUAAAAAGUAAGUUAUAGUAAAGUUGCUCAUCUGGGUCCACAGAGGGGUUCCCAAUCUUUGAGUCAAUGACACCAAUAAAACAACAGAGCUACCUCUGGGGAAAAAAAAGAAAAGAGGAGAAAAGGAAAGGAAAAGAAAAAAAAAAGAAAUGAAAUGAAAUGAAAAGACAAUAAUAUGAGCUCAAAAAUUGUGAUCCAGUCAUUCUGUCAUGAGAUAUCUUCAUUUACACAAAGAGAGGGUUGAGAUUAGCCUUUUAAUGACAGGACUCAGUGGAUAGAAAACCUCAAACUUAUCCCACAGAACAAAGAAUAGAUUUAAUUAGACUUAAUUAAACCAAGGUGAUUUUUAAAAAUGCUAUUUAUGAUUUUCAUAAUACCUUGGUAUUAGCCAAUCAGAGAUUCACUAUGCAGCUGGCAACAAGGAAAAAAUGCCAAAUAUUUGGUAAAUACAGCAAGUGGAGGUAUAUAUAAAGAGCUCAUGGGACAAAAGACAAUCACAUUUCAGGAACUUCUCUUUACUAGACAACAAGAAACUGAUUUUCAGACACCAUGGCCUGCUGCAACUCCUGCUCCACCAGCUUCUGUGGCUUCCCCAGCUGUUCUAUGGAGGGAAACUGUGGAUCUAGCUGCUGCCAAGACAGCUGUGGGUCCAGUUGCUGCCAACAGGGAGGCUGUGGGUUUGGCUCUGGGUUUAGCUCUGGGUUUGGCUCUGGGGCUGGCUGUGCACCUCCUUGUGAGACCACUUGCACAACCAGGUGUUACCAGCCCCCAUGCUGCGGAUGCGUGAGCUGCCGCACCAGGUGGUGCCGCCCAGACUGCAGAGUUGAGGGUACUUGCCUGCCACCUUGCUGUGUGGUCAGCUGCAUCCCCCCAUCUUGCUGCCAGCUGCACCAUGCCCAGGCUUCUUGUUGCCGCCCAUCCUACUGUGGACAGUCUUGCUGCCGUCCAGCCUGCUGCUGCUACUGCUGUGAGCCCACUUGCUGAGAACUAGGAUCUAUGGUUUACAAAGAAAUUGAUAUAAGUUGAAUAGAACAUCUGUAGAGUCAUGAAGAUUAUGAAGGAGGUUGAAAGACAAUUGAUAGCAUGCCUUAAUCUUUCCUGCUUUGAAGAUACAUUUUAAAAAAAUUCAAAUCCUUCCAUAGAUUAAGAGAAUCCAUAAACUGAAGAUCAAAUUUUCCACAGCAUCUUAAUCUUCAAAAACACCUUACAUGGAACAAAAUAUUGUCCAACUGCUUUUUAUUUGGACAAUUUUUCUAUCCCCUUAAUUUUCUCCUCUUUUAUUUAUUCUUAAGUAUUCUCUAUUAAUUUGAAAUAAAUUCUGUUAGCCUGCAAAAUA